AUGUCCUCACCCAUUCCCACUGCGGCCCCCAAUAUCUCCCUGGCUGUGGGGCCCUUUGAGAUCCUUUAUUUGAAAGUUUUGAAGGUGUACAUUGAAUUCUCUCUGGACCAGCCAAAAGGAGGUCUCCACUUUGUUGUUCCUGAUAUGGAAGGCAGCAUGGCGGAGAGAGGAGCUCAUGUGUUCUCCUUUGGAUACCAGAACUCCACCAGAUUCUGGUUCCCCUGUGUAGACUCCUACUCAGAGCUCUGCACGUGGAAGCUGGAGUUCACCGUGGAUGCUUCCAUGGUGGCGGUGUCCUGCGGCGAUCUGGUGGAGACCAUCUACACACAUGAUAUGAGGAAGAAGACAUUCCACUAUGUCCUCCCCAUCCCCACUGCGGCCCCCAAUAUCUCCCUGGCUGUGGGGCCCUUUGAGAUCCUUGUGGAUCCCUACAUGCAUGAGAGAGAGCAGGUCAUAAGAUUCAGGAAGUCAAAUUAA